AUGGAUAAUGAUAAUAUAGAUUCAAAUGAUAAUUCCUCUGAUAGCAAUACAGCGAAUUAUAAUCAGGGGAAAAAUGAUAUGAUAUCAGAAGAAAUAGAUUUUACAAAAGAAGAUAAUGAAUUAUCAGGGAGCACAAAAAAUUCAAAAUCAAAAAAUGAUAAUUCCGGUAAAGGAAAAUCUGAUGAUAUAAAUAUGGAUUAUAGUGAUCAUACAUUUCCUUGCCAUCCAGCACCCCCUGUUUCUAUAAAACUAUUUAUAGGCAGGGUUCCAAAAAAUUAUGAAGAAGAACAACUAAGACCAAUAUUUGAAGAAUUUGGUAUAGUAAAUGAAGUAGUAAUAAUAAGAGAUAAAAUAACAAAUAUACAUAAGUCAAGCGCUUUUGUAAAAAUGGCUUCGAUAUCUGAAGCAGAUAAUGCAAUAAGAUCAUUAAAUAAUCAAAGAACUUUAGAUCAGCAAUUAGGGUCACUCCAAGUUAAAUAUGCAUCAGGGGAAGUUAUGAAAUUAGGGUUCCCACAAAAUGUAGAAUCAGGUGUUGACCAAGCAAAAUUAUUUAUUGGAUCAUUACCUAAAAAUAUUACUGAAGAAAGUAUUAAAGAUAUGUUUUCUGUAUAUGGAUCUGUUGAAGAAGUUUUUAUUAUGAAAGAUAAUUCUACUGGCUUAGGCAAAGGAUGUUCUUUUGUUAAAUUUGCAUAUAAAGAACAAGCCUUGUAUGCUAUUAGCUCAUUAAAUGGCAAAAAAACAUUAGAAGGUUGUAAUAGACCAGUUGAAGUCAGAUUUGCAGAACCAAAAUCAUCAAAACAAGCACAAUCACAAUUAGGAAUGCAACCUAUGCAAAAUGCUCCACAUGGUAUCUCACCACAAGCUCAUCCUGGUACCCCUAAUAAUAUGGCUUAUGGUAAUAAUUUUGGUGUAAAUAAUAAUUAUCCUCGACAAGUUGGUGUAUGGAAAGAAUAUUACUCUGGUGAAGGUCGACCAUAUUAUUAUAAUGAACAAACCAAUACAACACAAUGGGAAAUGCCUAAAGAGUUUGAAACAGUUUUUAUGAAUAAUAAUCCCAACAUACAUAACCUUUCGGAUUCUUCAGGUCCCCCAGGUGCUAACUUAUUUAUUUUCCAUGUCCCAAAUGAAUGGCAACAAACUGAUUUAAUUCAAGCAUUCUCUCCAUUUGGUGAAUUAUUAUCAGCAAGAAUAGCAACUGAAAAAAAUACAGGACGAAAUAGAGGAUUUGCUUUUGUUUCUUAUGAAAAUAUUGAAAGUGCUGCUGCUGCCAUAUCUCAAAUGAAUGGAUUUAUGGCAUUGAAUAAAAAAUUAAAGGUAACAGUAAAAAAAGGAGAAGAAGAAGAAAUGAAAAAAUAUAUUAGCCAAAAUGGAGUAAACACAUUUCAGCAAAUGGCAAGACAACAAAAAAAUAUUCCAUCUCAACCAAAUGCUAUGGGGCAACCAAAUUUUGUAGCGCAUCAAAAUCCACAAGCCCAAAAUUUUUUCUACUCAAAUAAUAAUAGUUAUAGAUGUGGUCCAUAUUAA